AUGAGUAGUCAGGAACGCACUUUGAACGUGGGAGCGAAGAUGUUCACAACAAGGUUUUCUACUAUAAAGGAGUUUCCUGCAUCUCGGUUAGCACAAAUGUUAGAAGGCAGAGACCAAGAAUUCAGGAUGGUUGGUGGCCAGAUUUUUGUGGACAGAGAUGGUGUUUCAUUUAGUUUUAUCUUAGAUUUUUUGAGAACUCACCAGCUUUUAUUACCUACAGACUUUUCAGACUAUCUUAGGCAUCAGAGGGAGGCUGUUUUGUAUGAACUUGAUUCUCUCGUAGAUCUCUUAAACCAAGAACUUCUGCUACAGCCAAAACCUGUGCUCUUGGAGAUGCAUUUCUCACUCCGAAACACUCAAGCUUUUUUCAGAGUAUUUGGCUGUUGCAGCAAAACAAUUGAGAUGCUAACCGAGAAGAUUACAGUGUUUGUAGAGCAACCUUCAGCACCUACCUGGAGUACUAAUCCUUUCCCUCAGAUGACCUUACUUCUACUGCCUCCACAGAGACCAUCUUACUAUGACCUGGUUUUCCAGUGUGGCUCAUGCCGCACAACUGAUAAUCAAACUGGAAUCAGGUAUGUUUCUGUAAAACCUGAUAACCGAAAAUUGGCCAGUGGAACUAAUGUCCUUGGCCUACUGAUUGACAUUUUACUGAAGGAAGGCUUUCGUCUGGUUGGCACUAGAACAGUAUCCUCUGAAGACAAAACUGAAUGCUAUAGCUUUGAAAGAAUAAAAAGGCCUCAAGCCCUCGCUGUGAACAAAACACUGAAACCAGAGACUACCGUCAUGCCAGAGCACGCUCAGAAAAAGUUGUUGUCUAUUCUUUUAGAGUUAGUAAUUUCUUGUUUGGAAAUUCCAUGUUUGGGGCAUGUGUGUUAGUGAAACCUAUACUCAGCUGAAUUUUUCAGCCUCAUCUCCUAUCAUGCAUCUCUAUGGAACCACCCCCCAACAGUGCCUAAGCCACGCUGAACUGCUUGCUGCUCUCGAAGCAACACCGUGUACUUGGUACUUUGGCACACAUUGUACCUUCAGUACUUCUUUCCACUUCUCUUCUACAUGAACAUUAACACAGCUUCUAAGAAUGGGUUUUGGAAUCCGAGUGCUUGGUUUCUAAUCUCAGCUGUGUGACUUGGGCAAGUCAUUAAACCUCUUUGCGCCUCAACUUCUUCAUCUUUCAAAUGAAGAUUAUUAAAGGUAUCUCCCUCAUAGGAUAUGUGAGGACUAAAGGAGAUAACGUAAAGUACUGAUUUGAUAUUGGUGAUGAUGACGAUGGAUGGUUCACUUUUAAUUACAUCUCUUCUGUGAGGCCUUCCUCCUUCCCAAGCAUAUUAAUCAACCCUUUCUUUAUAUCUGUGUAGACUUACAUGCAAUCAUAAAAACGAACUUUUCUGAUUUGAGUAUGAGCUCCUUGAUCCACUCCACAGUUCACUCUCUGUAAAAGCACUAUGCUAAACACUUGGUGGAAACCCUGGUGGCGCAGUGGUCAAGCACUACGGCUGCUAACAAAAAGGUUGGCAGUUCAAAUGCACCAGGAGCUACUUGGAAACUCUGGGGCAGUUCUCGUUUGGUUUUGGUUUUAAACAUUUGGUGAGAGCAGUAAUACCCUUGCUGCCCUGGCAGCAUGAUAUUUCCAGUGAUAAGCUGCUAACCUAAAGGUUUUGGUGAUUCGAACCCACCCACCGACUCCACGGGAGAAAGCCAUAGCAAUCCAUUCUGUAUAACGAUUAUAGCCUAGAAAACCCUAUGGGGCAGUUCUGUAACAUGGGGUCACUAUGAGAGCACCUAACAACAAUCUGUAAAAGAACUAUGCCAAACACUCCAGAAAAGGAAUAAUACCUUUAUUACUAAUCAGCACCUAAAUUCGGUGAAAAGCUUUGGAAUACCCUCACCAACAUUUAAAAUACACAUAUACUUUGACUUAGUGAUUCCUCUUCUAGAUGUUGUGUAUGUGUCAUCUUAAACACUUGGAUAACACCUAGAAGAGGAAUCGUUAAGUUAUAGUACACCAUGUACUUUUCACACAGUAGGGCUAAAACUUGCUGAAGGAAGCAAUUGAACACUUUUUAAAAGUACAAUUUGUUCAUUCCUUGGACAUUAUACUAAGUUUCAGCAUUAAAAAAUGACUAAAGACAAAAAUCCUUAUUCUCAAGGAGGAGUUCACAUUCAAGUGAGAAAAUGUAUCAUAACAAAAGAUUAGGAAAAAACUCAAAGUUCACCAAUGGGAAACUGGUAAAUUAUGGUUCAUACAAUGAAAUAACGAUGUAGCCCUUAAAAAGAAUCACGCAGUGGUUUAAAAGCUGAUACUGUCCGAAUGUUAUUAAGUGGGAAAAAAAGCAAGGUGCAGAACAAUGUGAAACAUUUGUAGGAAAUGAUACACUUUCUCAUAUAUGCAUAGAGUUUUCAUCAAAGAUACAGGUCACCUGUGGAGAGGGAACUGGUGAGUGGGGUUUAGGGGUAAGAGGAAGAUUUACUUUUCCCCAGGCCACGCCACGUAGAUACAUCAUCUACUGUAAGAGGUGGGGAUGGCAGGGUGGGGAAGGGCAGCAACAGCCAUACCUGAAAGAUUUUCUGUGUAUGAGUGUGUGUCAGAAUGGGAAGGGUAUGACAUAGUUUAUUAUCCCUCAUACCAACAGAAAUUUUAUUCUACCAUAAUUCUUAUAAAACCUCUCCACUUCGUAAAGAAGUUGCAUUUCAGAAAUUUCCAGUAGUUACUUAUACGUUUGUGUACUAGGUUGAGGGGAAGAAAGACUUUUUUAAAGAAAUCAAGAGUGCCACAAAAGGUUAUAUAUAAAGUACAGAACACUUCAAGAUUUGUAAUGUUGAGGUUAGGAAUUGAAAAUAAUGAUCCAACUAAGAAAAAAAGCUCUAAUUUUUUUUUUUUUCUGUGCUACCCAUCCUCUCUUUUCUGCAGAAAUGCCAACUUAGUUGUUUUAGUGUGUUGUCUUAUCUUGGGGUUGGCCUGGCUCCCUGCUAGCAUUAUACUCUUGAGCAUAAUAUUUUUUUUGCUAAGUUUUUGGUAUCCAUGUGAUUUAACUAGUUACAACUGGCAUGGUUAUACAUGUAACACUGUCUAAUUCUGUACAGUGCUGAUAAGAUUAUUAAAAACUGCUAACUAGUAAACACUGAAGAAAAAAUUUAAGUACAGGUUAGCAAAUAAUAGGAAAUUUUUAAAUUGUUAUUAAUGUGUUCUUAGUCAUUCACAUUUGGAGGAAGCUUUUGAGAUAAUACAAUGUUCUUUUUAAUGUGCUAAUAGAAACAUAUUACCUAUGGAGACAUAACAUUCAUUAAUUCAAUCAAUAUUUAUUGACACCUGUCAUGCGCCAAAUACUAUCAUAAACACUGGAGAUCCUGCAAGGAACAAAAAUUCCUGCCCUUCUGGAGCUUUCUGCAAGCACAGUUCCUAAGAUUGACAAUAAGUUUAAAUUAAAAUAACUUAAGCCUUUUAAAUAGUUUCUCACAAGAGAUCACAAUGAAGAUGUUUUUAGAAGGAGAUAGGUUGCCACAAUUUAAAAAAUAUGUAUUAGGAAAAGCAUACUUUCAGAGUGGGUUGAGUUUCUUAUUUUAGUAAAUAUUUCAGAGAUUGUCAUCUAGAGAUGCACCUGUCAAUAUCAUCUCAGCCUCUUGUGUUCAUUCCAAAAUUGAGCGGACACUGUAACUGGGAUGCCAAGACAUGCAAAUAAAGUUGAGUCAUUUUAGAAAGGGAGGGAGCCAAAUGUAGUUUGAAGAAAACAGGUAAAGUCAGAUGCGCCACGGGCAAGUUAAAAACUCUUGCCUGCUUUAGGGGGGAAAAAAAAAGCCAAACUUCAACAUUUCCCUAUAGCACCACUUAACUUCCUAACUGGAUUGAAUUUUAAAUUGUGCUAAUGGCAGCAGCUUGUCCCCAGCCAACCGUAAUGAAGCCUUGUUCUGUCACCAUAUACACCUAUUAUCUCAUACACAGAAGGAUGAGUCAUUACAAUGGCAUGUUCAAGUUUAUCAGACUUAAUGGUACUAUGAAAAGUAUAAAUUUCAUCACAAAAAUCGUCUUCUCAUAAUUUUUAAGCUUAGAAAAUGCCUUAAUAUGUAUAUGAACAAUCUAGAUUCACCCACAAAAAUCUUUUAAUGGAUAAAAGCUAACACCUUAAUGAAUGAAUGGGAAAUGAAUAUGAAGCAUAGCAUAAAAAAAAAAAGGCAGCAAAAUAGGACCUUGCUCCCAAAACUUAAAUGUUAACCUAUGCCUAAGCCUGUCUAAUCAUAUAAGGCCUUCUUCACCUUCAGAUUUCAUUCCAACACUCAAAUCCAGAAAUCAUUAAAACAAGUGGUUUUUUACCCAUAAGCUAUAAAACACACCAAAUACCAAGUGUUUUUAUUUCAUGUUAUGCUCAACGUUUCACAAUACUUUUGGUAAUUUCAAUUUUUGGGGGCUCCCAAUUGGAAAGUCAAAUACAGGAAGUCUGUCCCAAGAAGUCUGGCUGCAACGUCUGAGGUUGCAUGAGUCCUUUUAAGAUGAGGACUAGGACUGUGCCUUAUACAUAUUUAUAUUCCCCUCCAGUGUUGGGCAUCCAAUAGACUAAACUGAACUGAAAAAUUUGGAAAGCUAUCGUCUCAGUGAACAGGCACAUAUAAAAACAAGAAUUAUAGUAGAUUCAAAGAUGGACUAGGAUAGUUCAUAUAAUACA